ACUGAGCCACCGGCUUCGAUGCAACGGCAGAGCAUCGAAUUGAGCGAAAUUUUCACAGAGCCCACAUUUCGAGCCCCACCUGAAACGAACCGAAACGCAGCAACUCCCCCCGGGUAGUAUAUAAAUCGAAUUGCCCAUUCCAGCUGUAGCUCACUGUGGAUCUUACUGUGUGUGGUUGAGCAGCUGCAAGUAGAAUCGUGAUCGUGUGAAUUGAUUUGGUGUUUCCCCAAAAUACGAAAGGACUCUUUACAACGGGCAGUGAUAGUGUGUUUAGUUGUGGGUACACGUGUGUGACAAAUCGAAGAAUAUUAGUUUAGAUCCCGCUGAAUAACCAGAAAAGGAAAAAAAAUGCGUGCGAUAGUGCUAAUUUCGGUCCUGUGCGCAGGACUUACGGUCGCCUUCCCACAGCAAGCCAUAGAUCCUGCCUACCUGCGUCAGUAUUACCAACAGAUUGCGGCUCAGGCCGGUGCCCAAGGAGGUUCAGCCCAGGCCCGUGCCGAUGCGACACCGAUCUACGAACAGGGAGCCCAGGAACAGCAACACGUUCCACAAUAUGUCCACCAACAGGAUCAGAUUCAGAGGCAGUACCAGCAGCCACAACAGGUUAGGCAAUAUCAGCCUCAAUACCAGCCACAGCAAAUCCAAUACGUCCAGGAACAGCAGCAGUUCGCUCAACCCAAGCAGAUUAAGGUAUCGAAGCCCCGUCCAGCCCAGCAGUACCAAGGACUAGGCCAAGCCACGGGAGGCCAGAAGCACCUCGAAGACGAAGAAGACUAUGACCCCAACCCAUCCUACCAGUUCGGUUUUGACGUCAAGGACGACGAGUUCACCAACUACCAAAACCGCAAGGAACAGCGCGACGGCAACGUAAUCAAGGGCAGCUACUCGGUCGUCGACUCUGACGGAUUCAUCCGUACCGUUACCUACACCGCCGAUCCGAAGGAGGGCUUUAAGGCCGAAGUCAGCCGUCAGCCAACAGACAUCGUCGUCAAGACCCCCAAACCAAUCCCGGAAUACCAGCAGCAGUCCCACCAAAUCCACCAGCAGCAGCAACCUCAGCAGCAGCACCGUCUUCAGCAGCAGCCUCAGAAGCCCCGACCUGACUACACCCAGUACCAGUAAGGCAGUAGGCUAGCGAGGUCAAAAGGCUGAUGAUAUACAAGACUUAUCCUACUUCCUUUCCCUCAAAAAGUAUCCCUUCCUACACUCCUAUAUCAUUUAGCAUCUCAUCAUCUUAGAAAAAGAAGAAAAACUAUAAUUUAUGAUAAUAUUAUAAUAGUGUUAAUUAUUAUUGUACGUUAGAAGAGAACACCGUUAUACUGAAACACAUCACCACUGCCGCAGCGUGAGUUCAAAUUGCAACGCUAUUUAUAGAAGAAGAGACAUGAUUCACCUACAAACAGUUAAAAACAACACACCGAGCUGAAAUUAAUCCAUUCUAGCUUUUUUUUAAUAUCCACAGUUGUUGUCACUGCGAGGCGAAAGUGGAAAUUAAAACGUGUCGUUUAUUUUCACUUCAGCCGGCUUGGCACGAUUUACGAGUAAGGUCAUCUUACGGUAAACGAGAACAUGAAUUCAUAAAAAAAAGUAUCAACUUCAGUUUUUGCGAUCAAUUGAAAGAGGCACCCGCAGAGGGUGAAUUGUGUCGAACUUUUUGACGCUCUCAUUUAAACCACCAUCACGCUGCUGUAGCAAAACAUGAUUGAAAUAAUAAGAUGAAAAA